ACGGCAUCUCGCAGUGGAGGCGGAAGCAGCACGAAGCGGAGUUCCGCCGGGUAGCGAUGGCUGACAGUUUUUAAUGGUAGCAAAGCGGCGUGAGCGGCAGCAGCGUGUUGGGGGUCUGCAAAACGCCGCUCCUUUUCUCCCUGCAGGCCGCGAUCGAGGACCUCGGGAUCCCGUCUUGAGGAGCGGAGCGCGGAUGGCGGCGGCAGGACGGAGCCCCGCGCCCAGCUUAAAGAUGGAUCCUCCCAAAAAACCUGAGCCUACAGGACAGUUCAAGUGUCAGCUGUGUGGCUUAACAGCUCCGUACACAUACUAUGGGCAGAAGCCACCGAACACACACUCUAUUGUGAUUUUGGAAGACAGUUAUGUCAUGAAGGACCCUUUCACCCCUGACAAGGAAAAAUUCCUCAUCCUUGGGUCUCUGUGCAGUUUGUGUAGAAGAACUGUGUGUGUUGGUGCUGAAUGUAGUCUGUUCUACACCAAAAGGUUCUGCCUCCCCUGCGUGAAUGAAAACCUACAGGCUUUCCCUUUGGAAAUACAAGAAGAUAUGGAUAAAAGGAUGCCCAAGUCAAAAUGCUCAAAAAGGAAAAAAGUGGAUUCAAGAACAUAAAUACUUCAAGACCAAGUGAGAGAGUUCUUUGGCUGAGCUGCCUCCUCUCUCCUUUUUAAGACUAUCACGUUGCUCCUUUUAAAGCAGCGACCUUCAUUAUCUCACUGCUACAGAACAGUGACACGUCUCUACAACUGCCUUGGCUUCAAGCAUCGUGGUGCAGCAAUGGCAGCGCCAACAGAAUGGCCUUGAGGUGCUGAGAAAGCAGGAAGAAUGGCGGAUGGGCCUGUUUGUCGCCUUGUCAAAUGCAUGUAGUCAAAAACUAAACAGCCUUAAAGCAUAGGAACGAAAUCCACAUUUCCCACAAGCUGUUUUAAUGUUUUGCAUUGUUCUUGAUGCCCCUACAGUGUUAGGAAAAAUCUGAGAGAUUUAUCUGACUUAGUUCACUACAUGUCCAUGAAAGUGCCAAUUGUUAAUCUGCCAUUGCUAGCUUGGUAAGAUUACAGUGAGGAAGGAACUCAAGGCUUAAUUUUUAAGUCCAAAAUAAAACUGGUAGGACAAAAUGUCCUAGAUAGACAGCCACAAAAAUACCUAAACUCAGGAUUCUAAUGUCAAUAUCAGUGCCUCUGUUUACAUCUCCCUUUCUCUACACAUUUGGUGCUGUCAUUUGUUUUAUGCUUACACGAUCCUUUUAAGAUAAUCAGCCAUGUAUCUGUUAAAAUAAAUCAACAUAAUUUUAAUUAGUUA